UCACUUUGACCUCGCCUUACCUCGCCUUACCUCGCCUUACCUCACCUCACUUCGCCUCAACGUCACUUCAUUUAGCCCUCACUUUAUUCGCCGACCUGAAUAGAUAGAUAUUCUCAUUCCGAUUCACUUUCCCAGGCUGUGAAAGACGAGACAAGGCAAAUCUUAAUAUUCACCGUAGAUUUGUUGCCAAUCUCAUCGGAAAAACGGCUUGACGCUUGGGAACGGCUUGAUACCUUUUGUAUCACUUUUAUUUGUGUACAGGUCAACAAGGUGAUUGGAUCGUACGUAUCGAGGAUUGGAAGACGCACUAAGAGUGAAUCUUUUCUUCACGACGGCUGGGACAAAAAAAUCUCUACCGCAGCAAGUAAUUUGCAUAAGAGUUUCUUCCCACAACUUCUCAAAUCUCUCCCCUUCAAAUCUCUCCCACAACAAACAACUUCUUCGCCCAUCCACCGUCUUUUCCUUCCACAUCGAUUCCUCAACUUACGUUACACUCUUUCUCAAUAACAUCCAUCAUACCUGAUAUCCCCAAACAAUAAUUCUCCAUUCGUCCAUUCAAUAUGGAGAAAGAAGCUGCGCAUGCGCAUUCCCCAGAGGUUGCCUCAGUUCAAGAUAAUGUCGAUUUCCGCACCAAUACUCCUACUACCGCCGUCGAUCAGCAAGGAUGGAAGUACAAGCAUCGUCGAUUCCUUGGCAUGACCUUUUGGUAUGCAUCUCCUCGAGUUCAACUUACCAUGGUUGCAUUCGUCUGCUUCCUCUGUCCUGGUAUGUUUAAUGCGCUCGGUGGUCUUGGUGGUGGUGGAAAAGCAGAUCCUACUCUUGCAGAUCAUAUGAACACCGCUCUCUACUCCACCUUUGCAGUCUUCGCUUUCUUCGGUGGAACUUUCGUCAAUAAAUUGGGUAUCAAGACUUGUUUGGCCUUUGGUGGUAUUGGAUAUUGUAUUUAUGCAAUUUCUCUCCUCGCCUCGGUUCACGCAAACGUGGGUGGCUUUAACAUCUUCGCCGGUGCACUUCUUGGUGUUUGUGCUGGUCUGUUGUGGACUGCGCAAGGAACCAUCAUGGUUUCUUAUCCAUAUGAAGGCGAUAAAGGAAAAUACUUUGGUGUUUUCUGGGCGGUUUUUAACUUUGGUGCUGUUCUUGGUGCUUUGAUCCCACUUGGUCAAAAUAUCAAUGUCAAGACCAACAGUACUGUCACCGAUGGAACUUACAUCGCAUUCAUCAUUCUCAUGUUCGCCGGUGCUGUUCUUGCCCUCUUUUUAUGUAACGCCGAUGAUAUUGUUCGACCUGAUGGUACCAAAGUUGUUCUCAUGAAGCAUCCAUCCUGGAAAUCCGAAUUCAUCGGUCUUUAUGACACCAUUGUUCAAGAACCAUUCAUCAUCCUCCUCUUCCCCAUGUUCUGGGCUUCCAAUUGGUUUUACACUUAUCAACAAAAUGGAAUCAACGCCGCAGUUUUCAAUACCCGUACUCGUGCUCUCAACAACGUUUUAUACUGGACUGCACAAAUUUUCGGCGCCAUCAUCUUCGGUUUCGGUCUCGAUGCUGGUAACUUCCGUCGUUCGGUUCGUGCAAAGUCCGCUCUCGCUCUUCUCUUCUCCAUCACCAUGAUUACUUGGGGUGGUGGAUAUGCUUUCGAAAAAACCUAUACUCGUGAGAGCACCAACUCGGCUACCGGAGACUAUAUUCCAGUCGACUGGACUGAUGGAGGCAAAAAAUACAUUGGUCCCAUGUUCCUCUACAUCUUUUAUGGAUUCUUCGACUCCGCAUGGCAAGGAUCGGUUUACUGGUUCAUGGGUGCCCUCUCUAACUCUGGUCGUAAAUCUGCCAAUUAUGUCGGUUUUUACAAGGGUAUUCAAUCAGCUGGUGGUGCCGUCAUGUGGGCAUUGGAUGCUAAGAAACUUUCCUACCACGAUGAGUUCAUCAGCAAUUGGGUUAUCCUCUCCGUGUCUUGCGUCAUCGCUGCUCCUGUUAUCUUUUUGAGAAUCAAGGAUACCGUUACCGUUGAAGAAGAUUUACAAGGCACCGAUGAAACACUCGCAGAUGUGGUUCCUGAAGGUCAUGAGGAGAAGUUGGGUGGUGGUCAUGAAUUGAAUGCUCAUGAACCCAUUUCGCGUUCCGAUAAUGUUUAGAUGACUCUUUUUUUUCGGUGGCGUCUUAUACCUUUCGCUUCGAGACUAAUUCAACGCGCGGGCUUUCAUUGAUUUUUGCUUUGGGAGAUUAUUUCUGGUUCUUGUGCAGCGCAGCUGGUGGAUGGAGAUGGAUGGGUAGGAGGGAUUGAGAAUGGAGAAUUGAUGGAUGGGUGGAUGGGUGGAUGGGUGGAUAGCCAAAUGGAUAACCAAACGGAUAGCCAAACAAAAAGACAAACAUACUUCAUUUCUAAACUUUCUUCUUUCUCAUCUUCUCAUCAUCCUUUUACCCAUCUCAUCCAACCUCGGAGAAAUGUAAUAUUCAUUCGAUUAAAUAAAAUUAAAGCUAUUUUGACUCGUUAGUCAAUUAAUAAGUUGAUUGAGUAUAUCUUGUGUUCCUCUUCUUCUUCAUCUCUUUUCUUGUUCCUCUCUGUUCUUGUUCCUCUCUGUUCCUCUCUGUUCCUUUCUAUUCCUUUCUGUUCCUUUCUAUUCCUCUCUCUCUCUCUCACACAAAAGAAAGAUAGAACAAUCAGAGUUGAAUUUAAGGAAGGAAUUUUUUUCAUCUCCAUCUCAUUUUCAUUUCCAUCUUCAUCUUCGUUUCAUCUUCCUUUGUUAUUCAUCAACUUUCCCUCUUUCCCUCUUUCCCUCUUUCCCUCUUUCCCUCUUUCCCUCUUUCCCUCUUUCCCUCUUUCCCUCUUUCCCUCUUUCCCUCUUACGC